AUGGUCAGUCAUUAUCAAGCAAUUGAUGUGGACAUCAAUUCCCGCGAUAACCUCCCUCCAGCAACAGAGAUCACUGCAUUGCUGUCGUCGAAUGACAUUGCGGUGAAGAAAGAUUCUACAUGGACAAAAUUAUCUAAAAACAGAACAUUUGCUUUAUUACCGUCUCUGCUGCUCGGUGCAACAAUCUGGUUUGGUGUUACACCCAGCGAAGAACUCACUUUGACAGCUAUCCAUUUGCUCGCUGUAUUUUCCAGUUGUAUCUUUGCAUUGAUUACAACAUCUGUCGAUAUAUCCAUGCUAGUAUUGACUGGCCUGAUCUUGUUGGCUCUGACACAUUCUUUUGAAUGUGUGGAUCACGCAACAGGCUUCCUAACAGAGUGUCGAUUGUGCGGUGAGACGAACCCUCUGACGGGUGAUCUGUUUGAGUGCAAAGCAGGCAAAGAAUCAUUCAAGCAGUCUUUGGAGGGUUUCUCGAGUUCUGUGGUUUGGCUUAUUUUCGCUGCCUUUCAUCUCGGCAAAGCUGUGCAAGUGACCAAUCUUGGACGGCGAGUGUCCUUGGUGAUGAUCAAGGUAUUUGGCAAACACACACUAGGCCUUGCCUAUGCUAUCGUGAUAUCAGAGCUCAUCUUGGCACCAUUCAUUCCUAGUAAUACGGCUAGAGGCGGAGGCAUUGUGUUGCCUGUUGUCCAUUCAAUUACUACUACUUUGGGAUCCACACCAGAUACAAAUCCUGAGAUUGGUGCCUUUUUGAUCCUGGUUGGCAACCAUGCAAAUCUUUUAUCUGCCUCCAUGUACCUUACAGUUAAGAGUGAUGCUUACCUCUUUGUAUGUUCAGGAAUGGCUGCAAAUCCCAUUGUUGUAGCAAAGGCAAACCAAUUGUUUCCUGAAAUUAACUUUGGCUUCAUGACUUGGAUUCAAGGCAGCAUUGUACCGUCUCUUUUCUGUGCUCUCUGCAUCCCUCUAAUUAUUCGCUGGAGUUUAGGCCUGAAUACGGACACUCCGACAAGGGGAAAGCAUGCAAGAGGAGGCGAAAAUGUGAUUCAACAUGCUCAGAUAGAAUUGCACAAAAUGGGCCCUGUUUCUGUCAAAGAAUGGCAACUCUGUGUUGUGCUGUUGGGAUGUCUUGGUUUGUGGGUAACAUCAGAAAUGACGCACUUGGACGCUACACUAGUUGCAUUACUUGGUAUUGCUUCUCUCUUACAUAUGGGUACCAUUACAUGGAAGGAUGUAUCUGGUAAUACGAAUGCAUGGGACACACUCUUUUGGCUGGGAGGAUUUGUUACUAUCGCUCAGCAGCUCUCAGAAGCAGGAGCAUCCUCGUUUCUUGGACAUAAGAUUUCUUUUGCUAUCCAACAUUUCAAUUUGCCCCCUGUCCCUAGUCUUGCCAUCUCCUACUUUCUGACAACAUUCAUGUUCUCUUCGCUGAGUGCUCAUACUGUCGCUUUCGUAGCUACAUUUCUGGAUGCUGGCCACGCAUUGGGUGCUCAACCCAUGAUAUUGACUGCCUUCUUAUCGUAUUUUGGUGCACUGGGAGGCUGCAUGACCAACUUUUCUACUGGCACGGCGGCCAUGUACUACGUACCUGGCUAUGUUGCAAGAUCAAAGUGGUUCAUCGUGGGCUUCCAAAUGGCCUUGUUCUACCUGAUUGUCUAUUUCACUGUUGGCCUUGCUUGGUGGGCGUUCUUGGGUUGGUCUCAGUAA